AUGGCCUCCCCGCCACCCAGCGCGCCAUAUGAGCAAGUGCACGCCGACCGCGCAGUGCACAGCUGGCCAGGGGCGCACAUCGUCCUCUCCAACCGCGACGGGGUGGCGAUCGUGGCCGUGCCACUCGAGUUUGCGCUCGGCGCAGGCCUGUCCACUUGGCGGCUGCUCGGAGAGGCGUUGGAGCCGAUCCUUGUCGACGACACCGGGGGCCGUGAAGGCGAGGGGGAGGGGGAGGGGGUGUUGCUCUGGAAAGAUGCGGACGGGGGGUUGUUGAAUGUCGACGAGGGGGUCGUGGCGGGCGAGUUUGUGGUGUUGUGGUUGGUCGCGACUAGCGGGCCGGUCAUCCCCUCCUUCCCGAUCGGACCGAGCACCGACACGCUGGGAUACGAGAAGUCCUGGGACGCGACGACCGACGCGAGCUUCGAGAGCAGGGUACGCACCCGCGACGGCGCGUGCGUCGUGUCGGGGGUACGCAACUUUGUUGACGCGGCGCGGCUCGUGCGCAAGGACGACACGGAGGGCUACGAGCUCGCCGCGCGGCACGAGUGGCCUACCCACCCGAACUCGAGCAGAGCGGGAAUCAGGCUAUGGGUGCCCUUGAGGCGGAUGUACGAGGCGUACGACGCGGCGUUCUUCCCCAAGGUCGACAAGAUGACGGGCGAAACGACAUUCACAUGGCACCUCUUCAUCCUGCCGUUCAUCGACGAGCACAACGAGCCCACCGUGCGUCUGCUGCGCGGGUAUCACGGCGCCACGCGCACGUGGAUCGACGGCGCGCCGUCGCGGGCCCUCGCGAUGGCGCAUUAUCGGCGCGUAAUGGGGAAGCGGCUCGCGCUGGUGCGGCGCGUGGCGGAGUGGCCGGAGCGCACGCCGACGCCAAGCCCAACGCUGUCCCCGGCGCCGACACCGUCGCAGUCACCGUCGCCGUCACCGUCACCAUCGCCGAUGAAGCGCAAGUUGUCCUCGCCUGUCCAGGAUGACUCACCGCCGCACAAGGAGGCGCGCACGGGCGACUGA